AUGCCGGCCGACAACGUCAUCUCCCCGACCUACAUCUCCUCCGUACACAACCAAUACGCCACCUACAACAACAUCCUGACUUCUUCCGUCUCGACUACAAACUCCACCUGGUCUGACACCUCCUCCCAAUCUUCUGAUGAUACCUCUAUUUCCUCCACCUCCGACUCCGACUCUUGCGACCCCUACUACCGCAAGCCUGCCGCGCUUGCUCAUGUAGGCAAGUAUCAGUCGUCUCUGACCAAGCCCAUUGUUUCUGAGGCUCUCCCCAAGGAGUUGCGCCAGAACCCCCGCCGCUCCGGCCCUGGAUCUCGCGCACGAGGCGCCUGCCCCCCCGCCCUUGUCAGACAAUGCGACCGCAAAGUCAACUUCGUCGACUCUCUUGUUGACUCAUCGACGCAGAUCGUCGAGGCAAUCUGGCCGCUCUCCUCGGCAGCCUGCCGCUCCGAGCUCGGUAGCAAGGCUGUCUUACCUCUGCGUACCUUUAUCCAGGAGACUCUGCGUCGCUCGCGCACCAGCUACUCGACCCUACAGGUUGCACUCUACUAUCUGAUUCUCAUCAAACCCCAUGUGCCCAAGUAUAACUUCACCAUGGAGCAGCCCGAGGACCGCCACGCCGACCGUGCCCUCCAGUGCGGCCGACGCAUGUUCCUCGCCGCCUUGAUUCUCGCCUCCAAGUACCUCCAGGAUCGCAACUACUCUGCUCGCGCCUGGAGCAAGAUUUCUGGUCUCAACACGCAUGAAAUCAACCAGAACGAAAUAUCGUUUCUCCUCGCUGUCAACUGGAAACUCCAUAUUGCUGAUGAGGUUUUCCAGCGCUGGACUGAGAUCGUCCUCAAGUACACCCCUCCUCCGUCACCGCCAUCGCCCAGUGCCACCUCGACUAUGUCGCAGCAGAGCAUUGAGUGGCGCAACCUGAUUCUGAGGCUCAACCCGGAGUUGACCAACAUUGAGGGGCUUUUCCCUCUGCCUAGCACCAAACCCAACGAUCUCUGUGCGUUCUCUCUCCGUAACAUCCUCAACCCCUCGGUGGACAGCCGCGCUGCCAUCGCUGCGACUAUGGAUGUUACUGCCCCCAAGGCUUUCACCUUGGCCCCCGUCGCCGCUGCGGAACCCAUGAGCACCCCUGCCUACUCCGCCGGUGGCCUUGCCCCCGCGCUUGGACUGUUGCCAACUCCUCGCCUGACUCCGCAGACCAAUGGUCUAUGCACUCCUGUAGUGAGUGUUGGAUCCUACAAGAAGCCAAGCGCUAUGUGCCUUGCUAUGGCCCAAGCGAGCUCCGUCACCAGUGCUCACCAUCUGGAUCGCCUCCCGAUUUCGUCGGUGACCUCGUCUCCCCAAAGCUACUGCCCGGCCCGCAGAUCUUCGCUCGCCAACUCUGUCUCCACUGCCUCAUCUCCCGAGUCCAUGAUUUCGGAUGUCUCUCGCUCUUCCCGCUCUUCAUCUAUCUCGUCCAUCUCGUCCCUCGCUAGCGCGGGCGUCAACUCCAAGUUGAUGACUUCGCGAUUCCGCGGGACGGUGGCCAAGGCGAUGAAUGAGAGAAGCUGCCAGAAGCCGACUGUCCCCUCCGUCCCCGAGGACUUUGAUGAGCACAUCUUUUCGUCGUCACCCGAAUCGUACACCGGCCCGGUUACGAAGCUGGACAACCUGUCUCUGGACACUCCCUUGGCCAGACGCGAAGAGGAACUCGAAGAGUUGAUGCGAGACCCUGUCUACGAUGCCGCACGCACCCUGCAAAAUCUACAGACGUUGCACAAUGAGGAUAUACGCUCUGCCGACUCGACGCCUACUGCUCGCGUAAGUCGCAAGCGCACCCGUCCUUCGCUGGUGGACGACUUUCUCCAGGAAGAGGGCCCUCUUCAAGAGAACGUUCGCCACCUCCUUCACGGAAAAUGCCCUGCCCCGGAACCCACGUGGAAGAGGACUCCCCACAAGAGACUGUGCUGCUCUACUGAAGCUGCCAGUGGCUUCCUCCGGGCUGCCGACCCGCGCUCGGUCCUUCACCAGGGCCAGGGUAUUUGGGACGGCAUCCUGAACUAG